GCCGGGAAAGAAUCCGUGGAGCGGGCAGGUCGGGCAGGAAGCUGCCCCUUAUUUCCCCAAGCUCUUCGGAACACCGACAUCAUAAUUUUCCCUCGAUAAUCAACCAAACUUCCUUCUCCCAUUUCCCAAGGUAGGAACUUCGACUUCCCGUUCCUUAAAUUGACGCAUUAAACGACAGCCAACUCAAAUCAGUCCUAAAAUUCUUCUCUUGUCUUCUGGCUGCUGUGACAACUUAUCGAUCAUUGGUGAGAAGAUAUGGAGAUUGAUGAGAUAUUGGGGGAAUCAAAAUCGGCGAGUCUUCCCACCAAGAGUGUGAUAUACGUGUGGGGUUACAAUCAGUCGGGUCAAACGGGUCGGAGGUGUAAAGAAUGGAAUUUGCGGAUUCCGAGGCAGCUGCCGCCUGACCUCUUUGGUUGUGCUUCCGGCGGAAAUUCACGGUGGCUUGACAUCGCUUGCGGUCGGGAACACACGGCAGCUGUUGCCUCCGAUGGCUCGCUUUUCACUUGGGGGGCUAAUGAAUAUGGCCAGCUGGGAGAUGGGACUGAAAAGGAUAGAAAAUACCCAAAGAAAGUGAAGAGCUUGCAGUCUGAGUUUGUGAUAUGUGUAUCUUGUGGGGCAAAUUGUACUGCAGCUAUUGCAGAACCACGUGAAAAUGAUGGAUCUAUGCCAACCAGGAGACUGUGGAUAUGGGGACAGAAUCAGGGUUCUAAUUAUCCACGCCUGUUUUGGGGAGACUUUAGUCCGAACACGGGUGUUCGUCAAGUUUCUUGUGGGGCUGUUCAUGUUGUUGCUCUGUCAGAAGAUGGGUUGCUGCAAGCAUGGGGCUAUAAUGAGUAUGGCCAGCUUGGCAGAGGUAUUACUUGUGAAGGCCUUCAGGGGGCUCGUGUAAUUAAGGGGUAUGCUAGGUUCCUUGAUGAAGCCCCCGAGCUUGUGAAGAUUGUCCAGGUUUCUUGUGGAGAGUACCAUACUGCAGCAAUAUCAGAGGAAGGCGAGGUCUAUACCUGGGGACUUGGCAGCAUGGGCCAGCUCGGGCAUUGUUCCCUUCAGUCUGGUGAUAAAGAGCUGUUGCCUAGGCGUGUUGUCGCCCUCGAUGGGAUAGCUAUCAAGGAUAUUGCAUGCGGUGGAGUGCAUACAUGUGCUCUAACUGAGAAAGGAGCUCUAUAUGCUUGGGGUGGGGGCCAGGUUGGGCAGUUGGGCCUUGGCCCCCAAACUGGGUUCUUUUCUUGCACGCCUAAUGGAUCUGAAGCAAUGCUCCGUAAUAUACCUGUUUUAGUGAUCCCCAAAGGAGUGCAGCUGGUCUGCUGCGGCCAUUCUCACACACUUAUUAGCACUAAAGAAGGGAGAAUAUAUGGAUGGGGUUACAAUAGUUAUGGCCAGGCUGCUAACGAGAAGUCUACAUAUGCUUGGUCUCCAUCUCCGGUUGAUUGGUGUGUGGGUGAAGUUAGGAAGUUAGCUGCUGGUGGUGGCCAUUCAGCUGUGUUGACUGAUGCAUGUUCGUUGAAGGAGUUGUGUGAACUUACACUGUCAAACAUUGUGACUCUAGCAAAUGCAUCAGAGAUUCACGAUGUUGCUUCAAGAACUGGAUCAGACGCAUUAGCCCGCCUUUGCGAAAGAUUAAGGGAGCAUUUGGUCAGUGGUGGAGAUUGCAACUACAAUAAGGUUGACUUUGCUGUUUGAAUGUACCGAUAGUUGACUUUCACCUAUUGUUAUUGCUGUGUAUCUUCUUCACCAUAUCUUCUCAUCACAAGAAACUGUGAGACAUUAGUUUUUAAUUGGGGCUUCAGCCGUUACUCCUUUAAAAAAGUAAGGUUCUGAAUCCUGAUGUGUUCAGUUGACAGUUGACACAGGAUGUUAGUUAUGUAUGAAGGAAAGCCUUGUGCUUAACUGAUGUUGUCUGUGAAAUGUGAAUCUUAAUAAAAGUACAGCUGUCAUCAUUCUUAUA